AUGCCUCCGCAGGUUGGCGAACGCCCAAAGCCUGUUGUGGGUUCACCAAUAAGACGGUAUCCCCAACAUCCCUCGCGACUAUGGAAACGGCUAUAUUAUGAGGGGUGGCAAGACGAUCAUUUUCUCUUCGAGAAACUUGUUUACUAUCAACCGAACGGCCUUCACCCCAUCGAUCUUGGCGACGAGCUGCACGACCACCGAUUCCGCGUCAUUCAUAAGCUAGGCUAUGGGGGAUCAUCAACUGUAUGGCUCUGCCGUGACCAAAGUAAAGACAGACCAGUCUACGUGGCAGUCAAGAUCUUCCACGCGGGGUUCGCGGAAACCGAGUGCCGCGAACUACUCAUGUUCAAAGUUAAAGACGAAGGCAUUGAUCAUCAGGAACAUUACCUAUGUCUCCCCAAGGAGCGAUUUAUUAGCGAAAGCCCCAACGGAACGCAUCUCUGCCUAGUCUUCCCAGUACUCGGGCCUACAGUGGACAAGGCCGCCUCAAUCUUUGAAGAAGAGCAAAAUAGUAGUAGUAUUCUUCGCACAGUAUCUCGCAGCAUCAUUGAAGCUUUGGCUAUUCUACACCGUCGGGGCAUCUGCCAUGCAGAUUUCCGCCCGGCAAAUAUUCUUCUAGGGCUGCAGAGCCUCGACGGCCUGCCGGAAGAACAAGUACUUGCUCAACUUGGCGAGCCAGAGGAAGAAAUCAUCCAGAUCCGAGAGGAUUCUCUGCCGACUCCAGACAUUCCGUACGCGCCCAAGUACCUCGUUUACCCUGUUGACUUUCACGAUACCAGCCCAUCGUUUAUCCUGCCGCGGGCCGUGGUUAUCGACUUUGGUCAGGCUGUCGAAGCCGCGGCGGAGAAGGCACCGCCCGGCAUACCGGCCAACUACGCAGCACCAGAGGUGAUUCUGCAAGGUGGUGGCGGCCAAGAAAUGGAUCUAUGGUCUCUGGCUUGUACCCUGUACGAAGUCCGAGUCGGUAAACAGUUAUUCGAUGUACCUCAGCUGAUUGGAGUCGAUAAGGAAGACUACGAAGAGGAGAUUUCCACUGUCUUGGGGAAGCCCGGACAUGGUAGGUCUGACCGGGACAUGGCACGCGAGAUCGGCAAGAGGGCUUUUGGCGAUGACAUGACGCUGGAAAAGGAGCAGUGGGCGGAGAUGCUGGUGGGCUUGCUGAGGUACGAGCCGGAUGAAAGGUUCAAGGCGCAGGACCUGCUGAGCAACGCAUGGUUUGGGCUUGACUCCUAA